GCACCUUAAGAAAACUUGGAAUGAGUAGUGGCCGAAGGGCCUUUAUAUAGUACUGAAUAUUGGUUCUUCGUUCGUGGGCCGACAAUCGAGUAUAAUCAGGCGAUCACGACAACCAAUCAUUUUGCUUGAUUCCCAACGAGGUAAUCGUCGAUGUAACCAAUAGCAGCUACACAAAUAUUGGUUACUUUUGCUUAAUUUGUAUGUGGAAACUGGAGGGAUGGCAGCGCGCGGGCGAGCAGGGUUGAGAGACGAAGAACUUGUGGAUUUGCUUAAUGAAUCAGAGCUAGAAAUUGCAAGUGAUGACGAAGAUGCUGAUUACACGCUGCCUGUAUCGAAGGAAUCACGCGCAUCUUCUGAAGACUCAGUCGAAGAAGAUCAAGAAACUUCUGAAGAAGAAGACGAUUAUCAAAAUUUGUCAGUAGCCAGACAAGUACGUGGUAGCGCCCAAACUCGAGGCAUAUCAUCUAGCCGUGCCCGUUGGCAGAGUAAUGCUCGGGGAAGACCUCGUUUUCGAGGUCGUGUGCGUACGCGUGGUGGGGCUCGAGGUGUAGCACGACCAAGUACGGUUCCAUCUUGGUCCCGCAGAAGGUUUGAUGUUCCAUUACCUAAUUUAUCACAGCCAUCGUAUUUGCCUUCUAUUAUUCAAGAUAGUUCUGAUUUAUUGGAAUAUUUUCAAGAGUACAUUGAUGAUGAUUUAUUACAAUUAAUUGUUGAAAAGUCAAACCAAAAUGAACUUUUUCGAAGAGGAAAGUUAUUGCAUCUGACUAUAGAAGAGUUAAAAACAUUUUUAGGUAUUACUAUGCUUAUGGCUUGCAUUAACUACCCACAGAUAAAAAUGUACUGGAACCACAAAUAUGCAAUGGCUAUCAUUACUGAAGCCAUGUCCCGCGAUCGCUACAUUCACCUGCGAAAUUCUAUAAAAAUUGUUUUCGAUCUUGACAUAACACCUGAAAUGCGAGGAAACGACAAAUUGUGGAAGGUUCGGCCUCUGAUUAAUCGAGUAUUGCAAGGAUGUUACGCUCAAGAACGAAACCAAAAGAUUUCCAUCGAUGAAAUGAUGAUACCAUUUACCGGCUCGUGCGCGAUAAGACAAUAUUGUCCAGGGAAACCCCACCCCACGGGAUUGAAGGCAUUCGUCCUUGCGAAUCCCAAUGGCUUGGUCUGUGAUAUUUUGGUUUACCAGGGAAAAAGUACGUUAUCUGAGUCGGAGUUUUCUCUUGGAGAGAGUAUGGUUUUAAAAUUAACUGACACAUUAGUGCCAGGACACGUCAUUUAUUGUGAUAGAUAUUUCACGAGUAUAAAACUCAUAGAAGAACUGAAUCUAAGAGGAUUUAAAUGUGCCGGUACAAUAAUGAAAAAUCGCAUACCUAGGUACCUACGAGGAGAUUUAGAAAGCGACAAAUGCUUGUCUCGCAGAGGUAGAGGAAGCUUCGAUGUUUUAGUGCGUGAAGGCGGAGAUAUUGCCAUAACUAAAUGGUAUGAUAAUAAACCUGUAAAUCUUCUAUCAAGCAUUCAUGCGGCAAACAAGACAGACGAGUGUAGAAGAUAUGAUAGAAAAUUAAAAAACUAUGUAAUGGUACAAAGGCCAGAAGUGGUGAAAGAGUACAACUCCAAUAUGGGGGGCGUAGACCUCACUGAUAGAUUUCUUUCUGUCUGUCCAGCACGAUCGCGUACUCGCAAGUGGACAGUACGAUUUAUAAAUCACAUGUUUGAUCUUGCAGUAGUGAAUGCAUGGAUCAAAUAUAAAAUUAUUAACAAGGAAGAAGGAAAACCUAUUAACAAAAUACUAAAACUCAGAGAGUUUAAGCAAGAAAUAGGAGAAAGACUGAUACUAGAAAAUAUUUAUAGGAUGGAAGAAGAUGCAAAUGAAAAUGUGGCAGAAGUGGAAACUAGGAAACGAGGAAGACCUUCUAUUGUACCCCUUCCUCCAGUAGCUAAACGCUUUCAUGGUGCGAACCAUUUGCCUGAUAUGGGCUCUAAACAGAAGCGAUGCCGAAAUGAAGGAUGCAGGAAGAAGACAACUGUAAUUUGCAUAAAUUGUAAUAUGCCACUGUGUCUGACACCGACCCGAAAUUGUUUUGUUGAUUUUCAUAGUUCCGAGUGA